UGUUGCACCAGGGGUGGCUUCUUGGUUUGGUUGGUUGACGAUCCGGUGUCUGCGGUAGCGACAUCGUGAUCCUGUCUCGUUUGGUGGAAAUUUGUGACUGCCAUUUCGCAGGUGCGAGACAGUCGGGAGUGUCGUGUAUUCUUUUCUCUGAGGAACCAGCUGUUCUAUUCAGAAUCCGGAAACGUGACACAAGGAAAAGAUCAAAAAAGCGGCUGCCGCCUGACAAGACUGGAGCGCACAAAAACGCACGCGGUGUCUAAAAAUGGCGAAGGUGUUUCGCGCGGUGACAGUGUCCACUUUGGCAAACAAUGGACAGACAACGCCGAAAUUCGACAAACCGGUGACGCUUUUGAUCAAUUAUGAUCCCCAGGGCCUCAGCGUCGAGCUCGUAUCAGGGGAGUACAUUGAUAAAGAUCAAAAUACGUUGCUGGAAUUUCCAGUAACACAUACAACAGAAUGUUCUCGAGUUUCAUCUCGAAGUUAUGUAUUUACACUAGACGCAGAUAGUUUAUUAAUAACAUUUGCUAAUGAAGCAGACUUCCGAGCUUUCCACUCUCAAAUUCUAAAGCUCAAAAAUGGAAAAGGCAUGUCUGCAUUUAACGAAAGAACAGAGGAGUCCUCGGCAAUGCAGUAUUUUCAGUUUUACGGGUACCUUUCCCAGCAACAAAAUAUGAUGCAAGAUUACAUAAGGACCAGCACCUACCAACGAGCGAUACUGGGAAAUAUAUCAGAUUUUAAAGACAAAGUAGUAUUAGAUGUAGGUGCGGGCUCAGGGAUUUUAUCCUUCUUCGCGGUGCAGGCUGGUGCAAGGAAAGUUUACGCCGUCGAGGCGAGUAACAUGGCAAAUCACGCAGAAUUAUUAGUAGCAGCAAAUAAUUUGUCAGAUAAGGUCAUAGUAAUAGCUGGAAAAAUUGAAGAAAUUGAACUGCCUGAACGAGUUGACUGCAUAGUUAGUGAGCCUAUGGGUUACAUGUUGUAUAACGAGCGUAUGCUCGAAACAUAUCUGCAUGCGAAGAAGUGGCUUGCACCAGGCGGAAGAAUGUUUCCCUCGAGAGGAGAUCUUCACAUUGCUCCAUUUUCGGAUGACAGUCUCUACAUGGAACAGUUUAACAAAGCCAAUUUCUGGUGUCAAACCUGUUUUCACGGAGUUGACUUGUCCGCGAUGAGGAACAACGCGAUAAAAGAAUAUUUUAGACAGCCUAUUGUAGAUACCUUCGACAUUCGAAUUUGCAUGGCUAAAUCUGUUCGACACAUUGUAGAUUUCCAGACAGCCGAUGAGACUGAUUUACAUAAAAUAGAAAUAGACGUCGAUUUUCACAUACUAGAAAGUGGCACUUGUCACGGCCUUGCGUUUUGGUUCGAUGUUGCUUUUAUUGGUUCUACACAACAAGUUUGGCUAAGUACGGCCCCAACAGAGCCUUUGACUCACUGGUAUCAGGUUCGCUGUUUACUCGAGAAUCCCCUCUUCUGCAAAAGCGGACAAUUGCUCUCGGGAAAAGUGAUCCUGAUUGCCAAUAAAAGACAAUCUUACGAUGUGACCAUUGACCUGAAGGUCGAGGGGACGAACAUGGAAAGCAGUAGCAACACCCUAGACUUGAAAAAUCCGUACUUUAGGUAUACGGGCGCUGCGGCUCAGCCGCCUCCAGGUCUAAAUAACACAUCACCCAGCGAAGCCUACUGGACGAGUUUAGACGCACAAGGUGCUCGACAGGCUGUCAACAUGGUUAACGGAAUGUCGGUGAAUGGCCUCGGGGAAGUAUCAAUGGAUACGAGUGGAGGAGUAAACUCUAAUUUAUUAGCAAUCGGCGGCCAGCCUAACAUUCAUCCUGGCUUGAUCUCGAGUACUGGACGCGGAAGAAUCGGAACCGCUACAAGUACGCAAGCAGCUCAAUUAAUUGGAGGUGGAAUCACACCAAAUAUGUUCACUUCUCCUGCCACUCUUGAUGUUAAUUUCCAGCAAUCGCUGGUCCUUGGCAAUACCUCGCAUUACCCAGUGAAUCCAAGUUUGAUGAUCGGUGACUAUGUGACACCCUGCAAUGGAAUGCCACAGCAGGCGUAUCGACAAUGAUCUCUGGCAAAAUCAUAUUCCCCAGAUUAUUUUCGCAAAGUAAAGCAAAUAUCGGGCGAAAGUCGUUCGUAUAGUAGCGAAAAAAAGAGCGACUAUCACAGCAACAAUCGGAAAAGCCACAGAUUAAUGUUCAGUUCACCGAGCAGCAAACUUUGUCUCUCAUCAGCUGCGCGAAUUUUAGAUGCCUCUGACUUGCACCAUGCUAAUCCGAUUAUUCCGGGCCUUAACAACAUCGGUCACUCAAAAAAAGACUCUGUCGACUCGCUGAUCAAAUCUGGAUGGAAAUCUAUUAAAAAUGACUUACGUUGGGAGGCGCGAUCGAAACUGCGAGCAAUUGUCUCGUAGCCAUCAACACAUUUCGCUCCCCCUCCCCUCCCAAAUUUCGCUUUAACGUCUCUGCAAGAAUUUGAUCUUCCAGAAUAACGAGCACGCUUGCCAAAUAUAACCCGGAUUGAUAUUUUCUAAUGACAAUACUAUUUACCGCCUGUAGGACUUGCAUGCUCUAGGAUUUUUUCUGUGUGCCGAUGAGACAAGAAUUUCAACUAAGAGGUGAUAUUUUCUUGUCUUAUCUGCGUUUUUCUUCAGUGUGUGUUUAAAAUGAAAAUUUAAAAUGCCAGGCAAGAUCCAGUCGUGUGAGGAUUUAGAUUUAUUUCGCGCUCGAUCUCGAUGCUAUUUAUAAUGCGAUCUCUAAAGUAGGAGACUAAUUUCUCCGAAGUUUUAGUAAGUGCAAACAGCAAUAAAUAAUUCAUUAGGCGUAUAGUACUGAGCACUGUGGCUUUGCCUGUCUUUGGGGAACUUUAAGAACUUUAAACAAGAUUGCUAAUAGCCGAUUUUUCCAAAUCUCGUGAAUAAAUUGAAAAUUUUGCAUUCCUUCGAAUCUUUUAUCUCGGCCUUGUACUCUAAUUUUACACGUAAUGCUAAAGCAGUAGUAUUGCACUUUUGUCCAAGUUUCAAAAUAAAAAAAAAAAACGAGUUCCAGAUCAAUGCCGAACUUGAGUCGAUCCAGUUACUGUUUGUGUGAACUAGAGUAGUGAGCAAAAUACUCAUAAAAUGAGUGCCCGAAAAAUUGUACAUAGUACGAACUUUUGUCUGAAAUGAGCCGAUCGGACCUUCCAAGCUGCAUCCUAGUUUUAAGAAUUGCACCUAUAUUUUUUUAUUUCCGUUUACUUUGCAAAAAUGAUUGAUGAAAUUUAGUAGAUUUCGAGAAGAUUUCUCAGUAGGAGGAAAGAAUUGUAAAUAUCACUUGGAAUAACGAUUGUACGGGUCGAAUUUGUAGAUUAAGAAUCGUUUUCGAGUACGUUUAAUUGCCAUAAUAUGCUUCGAAAUUUCUUGGGAUUUCCCGUUGGGAUCUCCUUAACAUAUCUUUCUCGCAGUACCCAUAUUUAUAUAUUUAUACUGUUCCAUACGAACCGCUUUGGUGACAGGCAUUCCACAAGUGCUGACAACGCUGUAUAGCCCGAUGAUGUACAUAAUGGUUGCUUCCAUUUUUUUGUUAACGAUGCGUGAGUGUGAUUUUUUUUUAUACACCCUAUGACUGAAAUUUUACACUUUAUACCUCAGGUUGCAAACCCGCACAGUGUCGUUCCAUUAUUAUUUUUCUGGGUGGUCACUAGACGCGAGAAAAAAAGAGGAAAUAAUCUUAAUUUCAAAUUCGGUGACAUCAGAAGAAACAAAUACGAUAACUGUGAAAUUCCGAACACUUUAGUUUUAAGCAUUUAAGUUCAAAGAUCCUGACUUUACAACUCACCACUUUUAACCGUAAGAUAUUGACAUUUUUACAAUUAUUGCGAUUUUAGUUUGAAAUAAUUCCAUUUCGAAUUUCCGAUUGUUCACAAAAAGAGUGAGAUUAGAGUGGCCACCCUGAUUUUUUCUUGGUAAAAUUUCUCGAAAUCAUGAUUUUGUUUUUGCAAUAGGAUGACACGAUGGGCUUUCCGAAAAAUCGUGACUUGCCGAAAGAAACACCUCAGUAUUCGUUCUCUCGUUUUUAAAGUUACCCAAUUCGAUUGAUUCCUUAGUUGUUAGGAGUUUAAAAAUAGUACACCGAGAACAGUUUUGCGUUGCAGAAUUGCAAUUGUAAAUUGCAAAUGUUGCGUAACAAAUUGUUAUACCAUUAUUCUAGCGAUGUAAGUUUCUGUUACGAAGAGAGGUUUUAAACUUGCAGUACCUCUUGCAAAUCGUGAGUCGAAUGGAAAGAAUCCAAGUUGUUUUGUUGUACAUAUAUAUCUUUUUUUAAGUAGAAGUAUUAUAAUUUGCUACUCCGUUUACUUGAAGACUCGGAAGUCGAAUGGUGGUACUGAAGAAAACAAAAUCAGUUUGCUUAAUUCAAUGCUUGACAACUCGAACUGGCAAAUUUGUUGUCUCAGUCUUUAUUUAUAACCAGUGUUCAUUAUUUUUCCGCUUGCAAGUCUAUCACCUCUGUUCUUAAAAGCGUAUGUAUGUAUAAACCAUUCUCCUGGUCUGUUUUCGUAGAACGUGCGCCUUGAAUUGUGAUUGACCUAUUUAUAAUCAUUGUAAUGACAUAUUUUGAGAGUUCCCUUCCGACCCGGAAAUCUCUUGAGAAUAUUGGGACUUCGACAAAUACGAGAAAUAUUUGGAAGCUGAUGAUUUUUAGGACAGUUCACGACUCGUCCUCGCACUGGCUUCAGGACGAGUCGUGAAUUGUCCGAUUUUCAAUAACGAAAUUAUAGAAGCGCACAGUACAAAUGUAAGGGAAAAUAUUGAAGAGCGAUAUUCUUGAGAGGAUUUAUUUUUGGAGAAUUCCCUGUAAAAUCCGUAUACCUGGUGAAUUAGAUAAAUUGCUUGGCCUGUUCACUAUAGAAUCGAUGACUGAUAAGUACAACCAUUAUUAAUUUUCGAUUUUAGUUUCGAACAGAGGAGCAGUGAUACACGACUUAAAAUGCAAAAGACAGCGUUCGUAAAUCCUUGAGAAGUAAGGUCUUUUGAGUUUUAUAUCGCGAUCGGGAAUAACAAAAUGUCCAACCUCAAGCGUUAAAUUUCGCAAACUCUAGUCUUAAUGUCUGUACAUCACAACGAGCUACGUGUAUUAAUUAAGUUGACCUUGAGAGCAGAAGGUCUCUUUAAAAGUAAUGAUAUUCAAAGUUACAUUCAAUGCAGUCUUCGCGAUUAGUGCGCCGGCGAUGUACUUUGAGGCAGGUUGUCAGCCCCUGCUAAAAGACGCGACGUUGAAUCCUUUUUCCAGACCUGCGCCUUGACCUAGGUCCUUUUUUCCUCUCCUCGUCCUUCCCCGAGUUCUCAAUCUAGUUCUGCGUCCGCGUGUUCUUUUUAUACUGAAUAUACUCGGAAACCUAUUACCUUCCGCGGAUCCACUUUACUAUGCAUAAGGUGUCUACGGUACUGACAACUAACGAAAUAAUAAAUUAAGUUGAAAUUUUA